AUGGCCAGCAGCCGCCGCUCGCCGAGGGCGGCGCCGCUGGACAACGACGAUUUGCUUUCCGAGAUCCUCCUCCGCCUCCCACCGCAGCCGUCCUUCCUCCCCCGCGCCUCGCUCGUCUACAAGCGCUGGCGCUCCCUCGUCUCCGACCCAGGCUUCCUCUCCCUCGUCUCGUCCUUCCUCCGCCGCUUCUGCGUCCACCACCGUCGCAACCCUCCCCUCCUCGGUUUCUUCAACACAGGAUUUCGCAAAACCUCCUUCGCGCCUACUCUCAUGGCCCCCGAUCGUGUCCCGCGCGGACGCUUCUCCUUGCCGUGGGGUGAUGUCAGCAGCUUCAGUCUCCUCAACUGCCGCCAUGGUCUCGUACUCAUCUUCGACGAGACGCGGCGCCAGUUCAUUGUGUGGGACCCUGUCACUGGCGACCAGCACCGCGUCGACGUUCCCGCGCCGUUAGAGAUCAACGGUGCCGUGCUUCGUGCCGCCGGAGACGUCAGACACUUCCAGGUGGUCUUUGUAGCAACACGCAACCACGGCAUAGAAGAUGGACAAGAAGCGCUCGUCUGCGUUUACUCGUCGGAGACCGGCGUGUGGGGUAACGGCAUCUCAACACCCAUUCCAUUCGGGCCUAGCCGGAGCUUAUUUGGCACCCAUAUAUCUACCAAGCCCGCUGUUCUGGUUGGCAACUCCCUUUACUGGACUCUCACUGGUUUUUGUUCAAGAAGUAUCCUUGAAUAUGAUCUUGAGAAGCAGAGCCUAGCUGUGAUACAGGAGCCGGACUAUGUGUGUGAAUAUUACUUCAUGGUCAUAAGGGCAGAUAGUGGUGGUCUGGGUUUCCUCAAUUUGUCGGAAUUCACCGCACAGUUGUGGGAGAGAAAGACCGAUUGUGAUGGUGUUGCUUCGUGGCGGCUGGGAAGAACAAUUGAACUGGAUAAACUACUUCACCCGAAUCCUCCCCCGAUUCCAGGUGAGUAUGAUGAUGAUGAGCAGGAUGACAAGAUAAGAAUACUAGGGUUUGCUGAGGAAAAUAAUAUGGUGUUCGUGGGGACAUUGAUGGGCCUCUUUACGGUCCAGCUUCAGCCAUUGCGGUUCAAAAGACUAUCUCGAACAAGAAGUGAAACAACAUUGCAUUGUCAUCCAUUAGAAAGUGUCUAUACUGCAGGUAAUAGCAUGCUUUCCAAUGUGGGUAUAAUGAAAUCAAGUUAG